AUGAAGAGACCUCAUGACUAUAGCUCUCCAGACUCGGACACAGACGAGUUCAUCGAUGUGGGACAAGAGGACGGCUACUGCCCAGUCACCGGGUCCAUGUCCCCUGGCAGCACCUCACAGAUUCUGGCCCGCAAAAAGAGGAGAGGGAUUAUAGAGAAAAGGCGCAGGGACCGUAUCAACCACAGCCUAUCAGAGCUGAGGAGACUGGUACCCAGUGCUUUUGAGAAACAGGGGUCCUCUAAGCUGGAGAAGGCCGAGAUUCUGCAAAUGACAGUGGAUCACCUCAAACUUCUGCAUGCCAUGGGGGGAAAAGGCUACUUUGAUGCAAGGGCCCUGGCAGUGGACUACAGGACACUGGGAUUCAGGGAGUGUGUUGGUGAAGUGGUGAGGUAUCUCAACUCUCUCGAAGGAGGAGCAGACUCCCCGGACCCCAUCGGAGCCCGACUGGUCUCCCACCUCUCCCACUGUGCGAGCGAGCUGGACCCCCUUCUCCUCCAGUCGCCCCCCACCUCCGCUCUGCCCUUCUCCCCUUGGCCGUGGGCCUCCUUCCCUCAGCUCUCCCCCUCCACGCCGGCGUCCUCCUCACCUCCCUUCCCUGGAGGGCGAAGGGAGCUGGCCCUCCUGGGGAGCUACCCGUCGCCCGCCUCCCUCCGCCUCGCUCCCCUGGCCGGCUGCCAGCAAGGAGCACCGCCCCUUCUUGCGCCCGCGGCCCUGGCCUCUGUGCGCAGGGUGCCCUCCCUUCCUUCCUCCCCGGCCCACAGACACACCCAGCCAUCUCCCCACAGUGCCUCCAGGGCCUCGCCUCUUCCUCUUCUUGCCCCUUCCUCCUCCUCUCCUUCCACUUCCGCCACUUCCACUUCAUCAUCAUCUUCCUCCUCCGCCCCUCUGCAAGUCUCCUUCAGGCCCUUUGCACCUCACGGGUCUCCCACAAUCCAGCGCCGGGGCCUGGGAGGAUCCGCCAAGUCGGCCCAAGGGUGGGGGACCGAGAUCGGGGCCUUCUGA